CCGCUCAAGCGCAGCAUCCCGUUCAAAGUGCAUAGAUUCUGUGUUUUGGUUCAUGUAGUGAACGGAAAGAGUUAGCUUUUGCGGUUUUACGACUUCAACCUAGUAUUUAAUCUACUGCACAGGCCUCUUGCACAUCACCAGAUAAUAUAAGCCCAUAAACAGCUCACCCGAAGGCCUGUUAUCUUCUGUCCGCGAGACAGGGGAGUGCCUGGAAUUGGACAUUUAGCUUGUGAGCUAACGUCAUCAGCAUCAGGUUGACCCAUGUCCUCUGAGAAGGCUCUCGGCUCCGCGCUCUCACACUGGCUCUCCUUUAACUCCUGGUGGCUGCUUCUGCCUUUCAUUAUGCUCCUGGUAGUGGCUGCUUUCAUCGUGGCCUUCGUGCUGCUGCUGUACAUGAUAUCCCCGUUAAUAAGCCCCAAACCUCUCAAACUGAACGGGGCCCAUGUGGUGGUGACCGGAGGCAGCAGUGGGAUUGGGAAGUGCAUUGCCAUGGAAUGCUACAAACAUGGUGCCUUCAUCACACUGGUGGCACGAGACGAGCACAAGUUGGUUCAAGCCAAGAAAGAAGUGGAAAAAUGUGCCAUAAAUGAUAAGCAAGUGGUGCUUUGCAUUUCUGUUGAUGUGUCGAAAGACUACAGCCAAGUGGAGAGUGUCAUAAAACAAGCUCAAGAGAAGCUGGGUCCUGUGGACAUGCUGGUGAAUUGUGCUGGGACGUCUAUAUCUGGGAAGUUUGAGGAGGUGGAAGUUGACCGCUUCAAGAAAAUGAUGGAGGUGAACUAUCUGGGCAGCGUUUACCCCACCCGGGCAGUGAUCACCACUAUGAAGGAAAGGCGGAUGGGCCGCAUCAUGUUUGUGUCGUCACAGGGAGGGCAGAUUGGCCUCUUUGGCUACACGGCCUAUUCGCCAUCCAAAUUCGCCCUGCGUGGUCUGGCUGAGGCCUUGCAGAUGGAGAUGAAGCCCUAUAAUAUCUAUGUCACUGUGGCGUAUCCCCCAGACACGGACACACCAGGUUUUGCAGAAGAGAAUAAGACUAAGCCUCUGGAGACCAAGUUAAUUUCAGAGACGUCUGGAGUCUGUCAGCCUGAGCAAGUGGCAAAAAUCGCGGUGAAGGAUGCUGUGCAGGGAAAUUUCACCAGCUCAUUUGGUCCUGAUGGCUACAUGCUGUCAGCGCUGACCUGUGGGAUGUCACCUGUGACCUCCAUCACCGAGGGGCUGCAGCAGAUUGUGACCAUGGGACUGUUCCGCACCAUCGCUCUCUUCUACCUGGGCAGCUUUGACAGCAUCGUCCGCCGCUGCAUGAUCCAGAGAGAACAGUCCAAAGCAGCGGACAAGAGGGAGUAACACCAGCAUUCCCACACCACUACAUUCACCCAUACACCUUCACAGCACGCACAAACCCAGCCUGGCAGACAUGUUUAAGUGGGUAGAAGAGGUCUACCAAAAAAAAACUCUGUAGAUCUAUAAUAUUCAGGACCCCAAUCAUUCCAGUGCAUGCUGCAUCAAUAUUUCAAUCUCUUAAAAAACAAAACAAAACCAAGUUUGUUUGCAUUUAAAUGAAUUACUCUUUGGCUCUCACUGCCUAUACUUCAUUUUCAUGUUUUAGAAGGUGUGAACUUCAGAAGGUUCAGCACUAGAAUUAAAAUUCAAUCAGCUUUUAUUUAUAUUAACGAAAUGUUACCAUAUGCUGUACAUGUAAAAAUGAGUACAGCUCAAGAACUCCAACUUCGCUUCCUUAUGAGGUGACGAGCUGUCCUAUGUUCUUCUGACUGGUCUGUGAUGUUCGUAUUCAAGCACUGUAUCUUCCUGCUUUUAGAUUUCAUAGUUUUAAGGUAUGGACACGGGACGUCUGUGUUUUUGGAUGAAACAGCCUGAGUCUGCCACUCUGCCUUAUCUUCUUUGCUCUGUGUGGGGGUUUCUGAAGGAAAUGUUUACCUUAUAAAUGUGCGUGCGUGUGUGUGUAUUAUAUUUGUCUGCUUGUACGCAUGCAUUUAGGUGACCUCAGGGGCUUCUAAGAGUUCACUGAACUGGAGGAUGGGUCUUGAUAAGCCAUUGCGGUGGUGAAUGGCUCGCUGGUUCGAGUCACUACACCUUUCUGCCAACAGGUGGAGCUGGAGAUCCAAAUGGAUCAGGUGUAACCAGAGCAAAAGCCUAUAUAUGAAGCAGCUCACGUUUGAAUAAUCGUAGUCAGAUGUCAGCUAUACAUGUGGUUUGAUGUCCACAACCCCAGAACUCUAGUAUUGAAGAUGAAUCAAUGUAUCAAGAGUAUUGUUCACGCAGGCAUUUCAAAUACUGUAGAUGUUGUGAAGCUUGAUCUGAUUUGUACACCAAAACGGGCAAUACGGCUUCCACAAGUGAAGUGAAUCUCCUCGUUGCUCUGCUCUGUUGUAAUGUAAACUGGAUGGUUCUAGCAUAUAAACUGUGUUUUCUGAUUUAGGCCUUCCAAA